AGGAAACUGAUUGCCUUAAAAUUUCUAAGUAAAGUCAACAUUACAUUUUACAGUGUUGGGCAAGUACCUUUAAAAGCCCUUUCCUGACUACAUCACUAAUGAGAAGUUACGAAAAAGAGGAGUAAAUAAACUGUUUCUCCUUUUUCUGUACCCACAACUGUCACUGAGGGAUUUUUGUGAUGCUAAGAGGAAACUUUAGCAUGUACAACUGAAUGAUCACAACACUCAGAACUGAAGCAUCUUGAGAUUUUCCCAGAGUUUAUGUAAAGUUUGGUGCCAGCAGAAUGGCAGACAUGUCACAGGAGGAGAUGAUAAUUAAAGCCAACCAAUUAACAGAUGAGUCACUUGAAAGCACUAAACGAAUGGUACAAAUGACAGAAGAGAGUUUGAAUGUUGGGGUCAAAACAAUGACUAUGCUAGAUGAGCAGGGGGAAAAACUAAAGAAUGUGGAAAAGGAAAUGGACCAGAUCAACCAAGACAUGAAACAGGCUCAAAAAAACCUGAAUGAACUGUCCAAAUGCUGUGGCCUGUGUUUGUGCCCUUUCAACAGACUGAAAUCUACUGAGAAUUACUGGAGAAAAAAGCAGGUCAAGACACCAAAAGAAAGCAAGCAGAACAUUGUAUCCAGCCAACCGACUGUUGUUCACGAUGGACAGGCCCCCACUGGACCCUACAUCAAAAGAAUAACAAAUAAUGAUCGAGAAGAUGAGAUGGAAGACAAUCUGAGGCAGGUGGGCAACCACGUUGAGAUUUUAAAGAACAUGGCACUGGACUUUGACGACAAGAUCGAGGACCAUAUCGAAAAAACUGCUAAUAUCAAUGAUAAGAUUGCAACAAUUACGAGUGAAGUUGCCGCUGUGGAAAAACAAGCCAGGAAACACCAAUAAGACAUUUAUUGUGUUUUCAUUUCAUUCAGAUGAACAUCAUCAUAUUUUUAUUGUUUUUAUUUGUAUUAUUUAUGCCUUUUUAUUGUUAUUAUUAUUGUUAUCUUGAUGUUUGUAAAUAUCUGGACAGAGCUGUGACCUUCAAUAAUUAGCAUAACGAUGCCUUUGGAAAGCUUGAUUUGAAAUGUGUCUAAAUAUCUUUUAGAGAAAAAGUGUCCAUAUGACAGGUCAGAUCAGAAUUUAAAGUAUAAAUAGGGCAAUGCCCCAGAAAUAUCAAUGAAUGUAAAUCUCUUUUUAAUUUGUGUGAAAAAUGACCAGCAGUGGUCGCUGUUAGACUGUUUUGAAAUCUAACCACAAAACGCGCUUCCUAAGAUGGAGGCCUAAGAAUGUAGCAUAUUCUCUGCUUAUGUAAGAGAAUUUAUUCAGAACUGAUCAUACAAUACAAAUUAGAUUAAUUAUCCACGUCCUUCUACCUACUGUCUGUCAUCAUUUGUGUUCUCAAAGGGAGACACUGGCAGUUUCUUUGCUACUGCAAGUUGAUUUGGCAGUUCGUUUACUAUGAAUAUUUACAUUUUUAUAUUAUUUUUUUUUAUUUUUAUAUUAUUAUUUAUAUUAUUUUUAUUUACAGUAGAGCCCAUUUUUACAAUCUUGCCAAGGGUCCACUUACAUGCCAGCUUUUCUUGCUUGUGUACUUUCUUCUAAUUUAUGUAAUAUCCGCUGUUAAGUAUUGUGCAACAAUAUUCCUAAACUGUAUUUAGACCUAUUUCCCCUGAAGUUUAUACUUGAUAUUACAUACUGACUCAUUCAUGAUUUACUGUCUAACACAAGUUCAUCACCUGUGUUUUUCUCAUCACAUUGGAGUUUUUUCUAGUUAGAUAUGUUCUGUAGUGGUUUUCUUUGCCCUACCACAUAAUUUUCGAAUAGCAGCAGAGUUUGCUUCUGUCUUGAAAGUAGUCCUAUAUCAAACAGUCCAACAUUUUAGACUUCUUUUUCUUCAUUUUCAGAGAUACCUAACGGGCAGACUUUUCAGAAGUAACUCUAGAUUGUAUAAUUGCAUGUAGUGAUAUUCAGACCAACAUCAAAAUAUGAUAUUAUAUAGAUUAUAAAUAUGACAAACUGUGAUAUUUUAAGCAACAGUCCAAUAAACAAGAUGUUAAUAUGGA